CCUGUAGUUCUCCUCCGGACCUGCUGGUGGCGCUGCAGCAUAAAGCUCCUUAAUGCCGCGGCGGUGUGUUUCCUGUUGUAUAUGAGCGGUGUGAGUGCAGAAGAGACUCCACCAUGGAUAUCCGACCAAACCACACCAUCUACAUCAACAAUAUCAAUGACAAAGUCAAGAAAGAAGAGCUGAAGCGUUCGCUCUACGCUCUCUUCUCUCAGUUCGGCCAGAUCGUCGAGAUCGUGGCGAUGAAGACCAUGAAGAUGAGGGGCCAGGCCUUUGUCGUCUUCAAAGAGCUCGCCGCCGCCACCAACGCGCUGAGGCAACUGCAAGGCUUCCCCUUCUACAACAAGCCCAUGAGGAUACAGUACGCAAAGACCGACUCCGAGGUCAUCGCCAAGGUGAAGGGCACGUACGGCGACAAGGAGAAGAAAAAGAAGGAGAAGAAGAAAGCUCAAGAGCCGGCAGCUAACCUGACAAAGAAACCAGCAGCGGGAUCGGCUGCACCUGUGCACUCACCUGCAGUACAGGUGCCGGAUAACCCGCCAAACUACAUCCUGUUCCUCAGUAACCUGCCGGAGGAGACCAACGAAAUGAUGCUCUCCAUGCUGUUCAACCAGUUUCCUGGCUUCAAAGAGGUGCGGCUCGUCCCUGGGAAACACGACAUCGCCUUUGUGGAGUUUGAAAGCGACACGCAGGCGGGCGUGGCUAAAGACGCGCUGCAGGGCUUCAGAAUCACAGCGACCUGCGCCAUGAAGAUCACCUACGCCAAGAAGUAGUCCCCCCCCCGGGGUCUGAUCACUGGACACAAAGAGACUCUGAGUGGGGGAGGGGUGUGUGGGGGGGGGGGGUCGCUCCCUGGAUUUCCGUUGUGUUCCCAGGUUCUUCUGAUUUUUGUAAAUCUGCUGAGCAUUCUUCAUAUAUUUUUUAUUUGGAUUUUUUUUGGAUAAAUUCUGACGUCAUUCAUCAGGUUGAGAGAAAAAAAUCUCCUGACCUGCAUCUUUUUUUUGUAAAAUAAAAAAGAAAUAAAAGGUUUUUACAUAACUGUUGCCUCUUCA